CCCCGCCCCCCUGCCCCACCGCCCCCUCAGCCGGCCGGCCCGGCCCAGCCUCGGCUCCGCGUCCUCGCCCGGCUCUCAGCCGCCCCUUCGCCCCGCAGCAGCCAGCCAGGUGUCCGGCAGCAUGUUCAGCUGGGUCAGCAAGGAUGCCCGCCGCAAGAAGGAGCCGGAGCUCUUCCAGACAGUGUCCGAGGGGCUGCGGCAGCUGUACGCGCAGAAGCUGCUGCCCCUGGAGGAGCACUACCGCUUCCAUGAGUUCCACUCGCCCGCGCUGGAGGACGCUGACUUCGACAACAAGCCCAUGGUGCUCCUCGUGGGCCAGUACAGCACGGGCAAGACCACCUUCAUCCGGCACCUGAUUGAGCAGGACUUCCCGGGAAUGCGCAUCGGGCCCGAGCCCACCACCGACUCUUUCAUCGCGGUCAUGCACGGCCCCACCGAGGGCGUGGUGCCGGGCAACGCGCUCGUCGUCGACCCGCGGCGGCCCUUCCGGAAGCUCAACGCCUUCGGCAACGCCUUCCUCAACAGGUUCAUGUGCGCCCAGCUGCCCAACCCGGUCCUGGACAGCAUAAGCAUCAUCGACACCCCGGGGAUCCUGUCUGGAGAGAAGCAGCGCAUCAGCAGAGGGUAUGACUUCGCAGCCGUCCUUGAGUGGUUCGCCGAGCGGGUGGACCGUAUCAUCCUGCUCUUUGACGCCCACAAGCUGGACAUCUCCGAUGAGUUCUCAGAGGUCAUCAAGGCCCUCAAGAACCAUGAGGACAAGAUCCGCGUGGUGCUAAACAAGGCUGACCAGAUCGAGACUCAGCAGCUGAUGCGGGUCUACGGGGCCCUCAUGUGGUCCCUGGGGAAGAUCAUCAACACCCCCGAGGUGGUCCGGGUGUACAUUGGCUCCUUCUGGUCCCACCCGCUCCUCAUCCCUGACAACCGCAAGCUCUUCGAGGCCGAGGAGCAGGACCUCUUCAAAGACAUCCAGUCUCUGCCCCGAAACGCCGCCCUCAGGAAGCUCAACGACCUCAUCAAGCGGGCGCGACUGGCCAAGGUCCACGCCUACAUCAUCAGCUCCCUCAAGAAGGAGAUGCCCAAUGUCUUUGGGAAGGAGAGCAAGAAGAAAGAGCUGGUGAACAACCUGGGCGAGAUCUACCAGAAGAUUGAGCGGGAGCAUCAGAUCUCCCCCGGCGACUUCCCCAACCUCCGCAAGAUGCAGGAGCUCCUGCAGACCCAGGACUUCAGCAAAUUCCAGGCCCUGAAGCCCAAGCUGCUGGACACAGUGGACGACAUGCUGGCCAACGACAUCGCCCGGCUAAUGGUGAUGGUGCGCCAGGAGGAGUCCCUGAUGCCCGCCCAGGUCGUGAAGGGCGGUGCCUUCGACGGCACCAUGAACGGGCCCUUCGGGCAUGGCUACGGCGAGGGGGCCGGUGAGGGCAUCGACGACGUCGAGUGGGUGGUGGGCAAGGACAAGCCCACUUACGACGAGAUCUUCUACACGCUGUCGCCGGUCAACGGCAAGAUCACGGGCGCCAACGCCAAGAAGGAGAUGGUAAAGUCCAAGCUCCCCAACACGGUGCUGGGGAAGAUCUGGAAGCUGGCCGACGUGGACCGGGAUGGGCUGCUGGAUGACGAGGAGUUCGCCCUGGCCAACCACCUCAUCAAGGUCAAGCUGGAGGGCCACGAGCUGCCCGCCGACCUGCCCCCGCACCUGGUCCCGCCCUCCAAGCGGAGGCACGAGUGAGCGCCCCGCCGCCGGACUCCAGCACCUCAGUGCCCGGCCAGGCGGAGGCUGGGGGGAGGGCCCGCAGUUCCCAAGACCAUAAAGACUGAGUGCUGUUUGCUCAGCUCGCAAAGGAGAACCACCAUCUUUCUCUUAAGGCUGCUCCUGGGGAGGCAGGGGUGAUACUCAUAUGUGAAUGAUGGAAUUUUGUGCAUAAGAACUAUGGAUAUUUUUAAUAUAUAACGUUAGAGGCAGCGCUCUUUCUUGCCUCCUCCGUCUGGCAGCCCCACGCAUGCAGGGCCUCUGUCCUCCCGUCCUCACCUCCCGAGGAGGGGGGUCGCCCUGGCUCGCCCCUCCUGCAGCUACAGCCUCUGUAGACAGGGAUGCAGGGUCCCUGUUUGUUUCAGGCUGAGUCGCUCCGUCAGGCCAGUGGCUCCCUUCCCCGCCCAGCCCGGCCUCCGCCCGCGGUUCAGUUGGUUCUGUGCCUUCCUCCUUCCCUUCCCGAGGUCCCCUGUCCACAGGCCCUGCCCUUGCUCGCGCAUCCCUCUGACUUGGCAUCACAGAAGCCAGGCCCAGCUGCCCUUUUUGCAGGGAGUCCAGGGGCACAGGGUGGAUGGGGUAGAGAAUGUCUUUCAGAGAAAUACGUAAGCUAGUUUUUCUUCUAUAAAGUAACCCCUUUCGUACUUGACUGAAUUUUCCGGUAACUUCCGGCCACUUGUUGAGAAGCUGUGAGUUGUGUCUCCUUCCCCACACUCCACUCAGGAGCCAUGGGAGGUGGGGUGCGUGUGGCGCACACCCCGCCAGAGACCCCAGAGGCGGUGUCCCCUGCUUCACCCUCUCACUUCCCUGGAACAUUCUGGCACACCUCCCUGCCCCACUUUGGUGAGCGGCGGGUCCUCAGGAGCCUAGUGUGGCUCGGUGUUCCAGCCCGGGCCUGGUGGCCAGACAGACCACGGAUGGUCCAGCCCCUACCCUCUCCCACCUGCCUUCCUCCUAAGGAGCGCUCCACUUGGACGUCCUUAGAAAGGCACCCCUAGGCUGAUUAGCCCGAGCCCACCGGGGCCAGUGGACAUUCCCGUGGGCCAGCGGUUGACCUCCAGGGCUGUGAUCACAGAGUCCCUGUGGCAAGGGCAGCCAGCUUCCCACCGGCACACCCUCAGGGGUCUCAGGGACUCCUUCACUCUGACAUCUGACCUGGCCCACCCUCCCAGGGCUGCUCUCUAGGCCUCUACUGGGUCUGCGUCCCCAGGAACUGGCCUCCUUACCUGUAGCGGGCCUCGGCCCCCACCCCACACAGUGUCAGGAGGAUGGAGGUGGCUGCCUCGUUGGGAAUUCACUAUCGGAAGUUUCAGAGGCUUAACCACGCUUGCCCGUGGGGAGAUAAAGCAACUGAUGACACGACUUUUUUUCUUGCAUUAAAAAAAGUUAAAUUGUGCUGAA